AUGCGUUCUUCGACUCUGCUUCAACUGGCUGCCCUCGUCGGCUUGAGCAGCGCUCAACAUUACGUUUUGUAUGAUGCCUAUCCAACUGGGAUGGAAUUUUUCAAAAAGUUCACUUUCUUCCACGGUGACGACCCUACCGGUGGCUUCGUUGAAUAUGUCGAUGAGAACACCGCCAAAACUCUUGGCUUGAUCUAUGCGCACGGUGACGCUACCUAUAUAGGUGUCGAUUCCUCAACUACCGCCUCUAGUACCGGCCGUCGGAGCGUGCGUCUGACCAGCACCGCGACCUACACUCGUGGCUUGUUCGUUCUUGAUCUGGCUCGCAUGCCAGGUUCCAUCUGUGGCACUUGGCCUGCCUAUUGGACCGUCGGAAGCCACUGGCCGGACGACGGCGAAAUCGAUAUCAUCGAAGGAGUUAAUCUGCAAACAGCCAAUCUCAUGACACUGCAUACCAGCAAGGACUGCACCAUCAACGACUCUGGCUUUACCGGUACCCUCCGGUCACGAGACUGCUCGCCUCUGGGCUACGGUUGCAGCAUUGAAGCGACUUCUUCUGCCUCGUACGGAGAUGGGUUCAACAGCAACGGUGGUGGAAUCUACGUCAUGGAAUGGACAAACAAAUAUAUUCAAAUCUUUCAAUUCAAUCACAGCAGUGCCCCCGCUGACCUGAUUGGCGGUACCCCUAACCCAGGAACCUGGGGCAAACCUGUGGCUUAUUUUGCGGGUGACUGCAAUAUCGACUCUCAUUUCCGCAACAACCGGAUUGUCCUUGAUACCACAUUCUGUGGUAACUGGGCUGGCAGCGUCUGGUCCACGAGUAAAUGCUCCCACUUGGCAAGCACUUGCAAUGACUAUGUGCAGAACAACCCUUCUGCCUUCAACGGGACUUACUGGCUCAUCAAUUCGUUCAAGGUCUACUCAAAAUAG